AUAGAAUGUGAAUCAUUUGGAGACGCUGAUUUUGGGCUUCAGUGAAUACUUGCUGCAAGUUGGUUCAGUUCUCAGUGAACAGCCAUGGACCCAAAGAAAUAUGCCAAGCUUGAAGAUAACAAGGCACCAAAUGUCUCCUCAUCAAAUGUGGGAAAUGUUUCUAUUAAAUUUGAUAAAACAAUAGGUCCAGAUGACGAGGAGAUAUAUGAUAUAACUGGGCACUCUAAUUUUGUUCUAAAGAACCUCAAACACUACGCGGUCCAUCCAAAUAUGGCCAAAUACUAUGAGCCUUUGAAGCCCAGUAAACUGCAGAGAUUCCUGACUCAAAGGAAGAAACUCAAUAGUUUCAUGGUAAAAGUGACCGAGUAUGAUCAGGAUAUGACCUUACUGCUCAUGACCAACAACCCGCCUCCCUGCUCCCUCAGCCAGGAGGAAAAGGAUGGCGCUCCACGGUACUUCCCCCCAGAGUUUCAGCUCAAGGAAACUCGCCGUCAGUGCAAACCCACCAAGAACUUCUACCUUCCCACAAUGCCUCAGAAAAAGAAGCUAAUACCGGAGCUGAAACCAGUGUUCUCCGUGAGACAGCUAAGAGACCCUGCAUCCAAGGGACAGCAAUGGUUUAGAUUCUCCACUGACAAUGACUUCACGACUAAAGGGAGGUACUCUGAAGUCUAUGCUCUGAGGAGACAGGCAAAAAUGUACCCCGAGCUCAUCCUCGCUCCAGCCUGCCAGAGGGAGGCAAGGAAAGUGGUUUCCAAGACAGAGGGUGAGAGAUCAACUUCGCAAGCGCUUCGGGAACCACUGACAUUUUCAAAGCUGCUUGAAGAGAAGUCCACCAGAAGUGUGCCAGGGGAGAGCGUUUUUCGCUAUGGAAGGGCCCAACAGUGGGUUGUCCAAAAUGCCGCUGUCAUUAAGUGAAGACAAAUCCUCAAGUCCCCCCUCCUCGCUUUCCAAGACCUGAGAGGCGCCUGGAGAAGUCACUAACCAAAUAAAAGUUCCAUGCUUGCUGCCUCAGA